UCGAGCUGACUGUCUAUUCCCAAUGAACGAAUGGUUGACCCGUCGCUCGCAUUGAACGAAUGCGGGGGUUCAAUGGCGGUGACCAAGGAAUGGAAAUAGUCGCCUCCGGUAUUCCGUUUCAGCGAUUAAUUUCGGGAUGCAGAUCAAAAUACUAUUUGCGUGCAAACACUGCAGACAGAGAGGUUGUGUGCUUGACGUGGACAAAGGGCCGGUUGCUGAGCGGCGACAAUUCGCGGUGACUGACUGAAGAGGCCGCGGCCCGAACAAAGAUGGCGCCUGACGUCGUGCAAUCGUCGCCGUGGUAACCGUAAACAGACGAGGCCGGGGCCUGCGCCGGACGGCGGUGGUAAGGAGCAGCCCGGGGCAGCUCUGGCGCCAGAGCCAGAGGCCAGAGGCACCGCAGUGUGUGUGCGUGAGAGAGACAGAGAGACUUUGGGGGGCAGCAAAGAAUCAUCAGCUUCAUUGAACAGUAACUGCAGACAAACCCCCUGGAAUCAGCGUUCAGGAUGAAACUUCACGAGGAUCUAUUGGAGUCAGUGUUUGAAGAGCUUAUCUUCUAUCAAGUCUGAACAGGUUGCGUGCUGAGUAAAUUUUCUGGCUAAUUUCCAACCACAGUAUGCCAGUGAGGAGAUAAAAUGAAAUGCUGCAGCCAUUUUGGACACCACCACCAGACACACAGAAGCAAAUCUUUCAAAAAUCUAAAAUUGCCAUGGCAUCAUUGUGCCUAGUUAACACAUUGGAACUGGCAGAGGGAGGCUUUAAUCUUGAGAGCAAAGAUACCUGCAGGAUUGAGAACAAAAUGGCUGGUGGCAGUUGUCCCAAGGGCAAUGUUUCUGAGAAACAGAAUGAAUCAGUUCAGAGUAUGGAAGGAAUCAGAUUGAAACACAAUUUCAAAUCCCAAUACUAUGAAGCCAAAAAGAUAACCAAGUCACCAGAGUCAUGGGUUAUAAAGGAUAUAAAAUUCCACAGGUCUCAAGCAAUUGCACCAGAGAUAAAGUCCGACCGACUGAGAAACUGCAAACUCCUCGUGGAGAAAGCAAUUAAGCUAAAAAAGAUAUUUACCGUCUUUGGACCAUAUCCAAUAAUCAGACAGUGUCUACGCCACAGAGGCUGGUUGGAGAAGAAGACGUCAAAACCACCAAAAAGCCCUCAGAAAAGGGAGAAGAUAACGUAUGUGGAAAAUGAUCUAGAUGAUGGAAUUGGUGAUUCUGAUGGGUGUGAUUCUGACGACAAAGCGGGUGAUGAGAAAGACCUCUCUGAUGAUCCAGAUAGCAUCCAUGACAUUGUGUCUCGACUAUUGAAGAAUGAAAUGCCACAUUUUCUCUGGACAAAUGGAAUUGAUGGGCAGAACCUGCUAAAAGAUCAGAUUUUCAACCAUUUUUUGGGGGCUGGUUCCUUCACCACAAAGGCUGGACUUUGUGUAAAUCUCAGAAACUAUCAGUGGUUUCAUGGGGUGAAUCCAGACAAUUUUUUCCCACGAUGUUACAGGAUUGCAGUGGAAGACGAAAAGCAAUCAUUUAUUGAGGAUUUCAGACUGACAGCAGCCCGAAAUAUUCUGAAGUGGGUUGUGGAACUGAAGAAGGCAACUAACAGUAUGCAUAAGGACCAAGAAAACAAAGAGAUGACAUCAAAUACCUCUGCUGAUGAAGGAGUGCUUGAGACACAAAAGACUACAGAUGUUGGAACCUUGAGCAAGGCACAAAGUACAGGAGCAGCUCUGCGGGACAGGCAGCAUCUGUGGAGGAAAUGGACAGCUUUUCAAAGAGAGCCGCAAAGAAAACGUGGGAUUGUUUCUGUCACGCUGAUUGAGACAGCACUCCGUGCCUGUGAAGAGUAUUUAAACACCAUGGAACACAAGGAUAUUGAUGUGAGUCUUGACACGCCACCAGCAGUCACAGAAAAAUGCUGGGAAGAAGCUAUACAGCAGUACUACAGGGUUAUUCAUGAUGGAGCAACAAUUCAAAAUUGGAAUAUUUAUGCUGAUAUGUGUGAACAAAUGCUGCAGCAACUACAGAAGGUGAACGCCCAGCUGAAGAUCGAAGGAAUGCGUAACAUCUGGAUAGUGAAACCUGGAGCCCAAUCUCGUGGUCGAGGAAUCACUUGUAUGGACCGAUUGGAGCAGAUCAUGAAGCUAGUUUACGGCCACCCAACUCUCUUUACAGAUGGCAAAUGGGUAGUGCAGAAAUACAUUGAACAUCCGCUACUAAUUUAUGGGACAAAAUUUGACCUGCGCCAAUGGUUCCUGGUGACAGACUGGAACCCUGUGACCGUCUGGUUCUAUAAGGACUGUUACCUGCGCUUCUCAACUCAAGCAUUCUCCUUGGAGAAUCUAGACACAGCAAUUCACUUGUGUAACAAUUCAAUCCAAAAACAUUACGUGACCUCCCCCAGCCGCCACCCAUUAGUUCCUAAAGAUAACAUGUGGUCCAGCACUCAGUUCAAGGAAUAUUUGAGCAAAAAUGGCUUCACAAAUACCUGGGAGGAUGUAAUCUCCCCUGGCAUGAAGAAGGCAAUUGUAAAUACCAUGCAGAUUAUGCAGGAUGUUGUGAAACCACGCAAGAACAGUUUUGAAUUGUAUGGAGCUGAUUUCCUGUUGGGAGAGGACUUCAAACCAUGGCUGAUUGAGAUUAAUUGUAGUCCCACCAUGUCAGCCUCUACAUCAGUCACUGCCGCUUUGUGCAGCAGCGUUCAAGAGGACACCAUCAAAGUAGUUAUUGAUCGGAAAAAUGAGAAGACGUGUGACACAGGCCAGUUCGAGCUCUUAUAUAAACAGAAUACAACAAACAUUCCUCUGUACCUUGGAAUAAAUUUGCUGGUUGAAGGAUCAAGCAUCAAGAAACCACCCCUGUUGACUCAGAGGAAUACUAGCUCAGGGAUGCACCUCUCUCAAAAUGUGCAAAGACCUAUUGCUGCCAAAGUUCUGAACCACCAAAAUUCUCUGAACCUCGACGAAAACAAAUCAGCCAAAACUGAAAAUGCCAAAAAUAAAGACGCUUCAAAAGUAUCCAUCAACCCAAGCAAACCAAAACAUUCCUUUAUUAGCAGAAAACAUGAAUUUGCAAACCAUCUGCUCAAUCCCAAUAAUUUCAUUAAUGCAAAGAAUCCUUUUAUGUUUAAUUCUGGCAAUGGAAAAAAUCAUUUAAUUCCCAGUCCUUACAAUGUUGGAAAAAUGCCAUUGAAACUCACUCAUUCCAGCAAUGCAAAUGAUUCUUCAGCCCCCAAUAAAUCUAAUACAAACCAUUGCCCAAUCCCGCAAAAUUCGAACAACACUAAACAUUUAACUCCCAGUAACUGUAGCACUACAAAUCAUACGUCAAGCGGUGAUAAUUGUGGCGUUGCAGAGAUUGCAUCAUAUUCUAACGAUUCCAGCAUUAAAAAGGAUUCACUGAAUGUUGUUAAUUCAAGUAUCACAACAGAAAUAUUGAAUUCCAAAAACUCCAAUACUGCAAACAAUCCUUUAAAUCCAAACAUUUCCAGAAAUACAGAAAAUACAUUAAAUGCCACUGAUCCCACCAAUACAAACAGUCAGUUACAAACCAGUAAUGUUACCGUUACAAACAAUUCUCCAUUUCCCAUUAAGUCCACCAACAAAUAUCCUUUCUUUUUCAAUAAUUCUAGUAAUGUAAAUAACACAUUGCUCAAUCCCAUUACUUCAAAGAGUUCCAACUUUUCGCAGGAUUCCAACAAUAUCCUCCAAGAUCACAAUGGUCCCAAUCAUUAUAGCAAAUGUAAAACACGCAACAUUUUCAAAAACCACAAGGCAAAGAAUUCACAUGUUUCCAAAAAUAUCCACAAAAUAAGAAAUCGCGGUGCUCACUCCGAUAAGACGGCAAGUGAUUUAAGUGACGGCAGUGCCCUGGACUCAAGUUCUGCAAAGGCUUUGGGUGAUCUGGAAGAAACCAAAAAUAACACUGUUGACACAGCUCAGGAAGGUGCAACUGAAAACGUUACCAAGGAUGAGUCUUGUGACAAAGUGGAGCAGCAAAAUGAAACGUCAAAGCUUAGCAAGGCAGGUGGAAACAAAGGAACUGGAAAACUGCAAUUGCCACCUAAGACCAAAUUUUCACAGGUGAGCACAUCUGUGAGGAACCUCCUCUUGCCUGGUCAACAGUUACUCAGAGACCCCUUCCGGGUGAAGUUGAACUAUCUAAGCUUAGACCUGUUGCAUUUUAAAGAUUCGCAGCACCCAAGAGCUUCAAGUAGCACAGAUACAAACAAAAUCAGGGCUCUUCACGAAAAGUCUAUUCCAUUGCGUUACUCAUACAAUACACCACGGUUACAAUUGACGGACACUAAUAUACCACAGCUUCAUAUUACUGGUUUGCAUCCUCAGUUUAAGGCUUCAAGUGACAUCAACAACAAGUAUAUAGAAACCCAACAGAACGCAACCAUCAAUCUGAUGAACAGACAUCUGCUGACGAGCUACUUCCCACUCUUUCAGUAACACAAUUGUUGUCUUAUCUAUUGAUUUCAUUAUAAGGACUGGGCUUCUUCAAUCAUUUGAGUAUUUGCUGGCAGGUCCUCUGCAGCCCUUCCAGUAUUUUGAGGCCCAUCCCAGUAGACCCUUUGCACUGCUUCCAUAAGAGGCCAUCUUUGCGGAUCGAUUCUUUCCAGGUCAUUCACCAGAAAAAGAGUGAUGCUUUUUCUUGCAAGUUCUCUUCGGAUAUUUAUGCCCUGGAAGAUCAUUUUUAUGUAUAAAACGCUUUUACCUUGUUGAACAUUGACGCUAGUAGACAGCACUUGCAUAUUCUAAAUCAAUUUGUUUCUUUUAAAAGAUAAUGUUUUGUAAUAGUUUAAAAGACAACUGUGCUCAUCUCAGGUGAUAUAGUUGUAUCUAGGAAAUUGUAAGUCAUUUUAAUAAUGAAUGAAUCAGACAUUGUUAUUAUCAUUGGUAUGUUAUAGACUAUUGUUUUUGUCAUUAAAGUUCUACCUCCUUUUACAUAUAGUAAUUCGCCAGCUAAACUGAAAAUGUUGCAAAUAAAUUGAAAUAUGCAACAAAAAAUAACAAAAUAUAUGUAAAUAAUUAGGUAUGAAAGAUACUUAAUAUAACAGACAAGAAGGAAUCAAAUACAGUGUUCCAUGUGGUAAAAUGUGUAUGGACCUGACACCAUCUAAUUAAUAUUUUUUAUUUUCUGUUUUCAAAACUACAAUAUCUGUUGAUUGGUUACUGUCAUAGCACCGUCCCAACAUUCGCCAUGAUAAACUAUUGUAACCACAGUUAUAAAACACUGAUGUGCUCAUAAUCACAGAAUCAAGUGUUUCAGCCAGUGUUAUCACAUAUCUAUCAGCAUCCCUGCCAAUUUGCGGGAGUGCUCAACUUUGACUCUGGACCUUAUUACAUUUGAUGAACUGGGCUGUGUUCACAACUCUUUGUGGUUUCUUGUGGUCUUGGGCAGAGCUGUUCUCAAACCAAGCUGUGAUGCAACUGGGUGGGUUGCUUUCUAUGGUGCAUCUGCAGAAACAUGCCGAAUAUCCUUAGCCUUCUGUGAAAUUAGAGGCAAUGAUGUGCUUUCUUGGCAAUGCAUCGUAGUGGUCAAAUGGGAUUGAUACAGAAGAGAUCUCGUAACUCGCAACGAUUAUCAUGAGAAGCUGUGAAUCAUUUGUAGUGGAAUGUUAUUGCACCGCAACCCAUGAUUUCACAGCCCAGCUGAUUCGUAUCGUUGCUAUUAAGAAAGAGUGCUAGUGGUAGUUCAGUGAUGAGGAUGGAACUACAUAGUAGAGUCAGCACCUGGACUAGACUGCCAGACUAGUAAAGCUACAUUCUGCUGGACCAGAUGCUAUCUAAAAGAAGAAGCUAUAUACCGUAGCCAGUUGAAAAAUCUCAUAAUCUAUUAGAUCAAAGCCCCAACUCCCUCUUCAUCCAGUCAUGAAUGGUGGAUAAUUGAACGAUGAACAUCCAUGAGAAUCUCCAUCCUCACCGAUGACGGAGCAAAUGAUAUGAAAAAAACCUGAAGCAUUUGCAACAUUCUUCAGCUGCAAGUGCUGAACAAGUCAUCCAUCUUAGUUUCCUUCCAAUGUCCCGAACAUUUUAGAUUUGACUUUUCAAUUAGUCCAUGUGACAUAAAGAAAUGGCUAAGCACAUUGGAAAGGGUCCAUGGCCCAACAACCUCCCAGCUAAUAGUGGAAGCCAGUAUAGCAAUAAUAUUUAAGUACCAAAAUUGAAAAAUUCAAGGUGCAUACUGUUCCCAGAUAAUUGAAAAUUUUAAUCGUUAAUGUUACCCAAUGAGGCCGCACCCAUUAUUAGCCAAGUGAUAGUGGGGUCACCAAAUUAUCCACUGAUUUUCAGUUGGGUUCUGCCAGAAUUAUUUGCCACAAGACCUCAGUGCAGCCUUUGUCCAACCAAGGACAAAAGAUCCAAAAUCCAGAGGGAGUGCUCUUGGCAUUAAGGUAGAUGUUCACGUUGAAUGGCAUGUCAGCCCCGGCUAGUUAAUGGGAAACACAGAAAACCAAGACAUUGGCUGACCUGGCACCUUGCACAAAAUGAUUGUCAUUGAAGGAUGCCACUAUUUAGCUAAAGGUCAUGGGCGAAUUCAUCUUCACAUUACUGUCUACCUGCAGUCUCCUUUCACUGCGUUCCUUAUCAAGUAUCCCUCUUAAAACAUUCAAAAACCCCUGGUCAGUGACCUUCAAGGAAAAGAGUUCCAGAGGGAGCUGAAAGUCUGGUGUUGGGCUUGUUGGAACAAUGUUGGCCACCCACAGAAUUGGCUGAGUGUAAUUAGAGCUGUUAUAUUGGGCGUGUUGGCUUGGAAGAGGUAGGUGAUAUCCAUUCACUUAUUCUGCUAACGGCUUUGGGGUUUAUUGCAGAUCUAGGUUUGAAGAUCAAUAGUUCAUAUUUUCACACACACAGAAGGGCAUAGACCACUGCGCACAGCGGACCACAAGCUUAGUACUCAUCUUCAGGCCCCGAUUUUCAAAUUCCGUUCCUCAUACAACUAAAGACAGUGCUGGUGUACUGAACGCAACAGUGAAUUGAUAUCUAUCUACACUCACAGCUUCCAUAAUGUGGACAUUUCUAACUGUCUUAAUGCGAUCUCUGUUGUUGAGAACAGCAUGCCAAAGGACAGAAGAUGUUGGUUUAGAGCAAGGGCCAAUUUCUUCAUAUGCUUCAGUAAAUAAGCCAAUGAUCAUUUGGAGCUCAUACUACAAGUAUGAACAGGGUCCAUGUGAUGCUCAGGUGGAGACCAUGAAGGGAGAACAGUUAUCUUCUCAAUCUGUAGAGUUGCUCCAUUCCAGUGGAGAGCAUGUUAGAGGUGAGAUGCAAUAUAGCACCACAGAAGGAUUAAAAUAUUCCAUGAUCUAUAUCUGGGUCCAUGGUCGACCUAUUGGUUAAAAUCAUAGCUUGCAUAUCAUUGCAGAGAUUACGUAAAACAAAGAUGGAAUUCUGUUUGCGGCAACACUUAAAGUUAAAUUUGCCACUGUCUUUCUUAAUUGAAAGCGCAAAAAGCUUUAAUGAGGAAACUAAGUAUUGUAGUUGAGGUUUUAGCAGGGAUUUUGUUACCUUUGUUAAACUGACAUUGCACACUCUAUUCUCCUUGUCUCUCUUUAUGUCAGUCCCCAAUUAACACUGCAGCUCUGUGAACUUUAGGCAAAGAUUCAUGACUGACCCAGUUCCAAAGACCGGACAAUCUUACUCAGAACAAUCUUGCCAAAGAACAGCUGCAGGUGUAUUCCCUUAGUGCUCAAAACAGGCUGCUGAAGGACCUCAGCGAAUCAGGCAGUAUAUGUGGAAUGAAGUGGAAAGAUAUGACUAAAUCUGUAGAAGUGACCUGAUGCUGUCUGACUUGCUGAGUUCCUUCAGCAGUCUGUUUGGUGCUCAAGACUCCAGCAUCUACCAUCUCUAUUGCAUUCUCUCAUUGACCUUACUGUGAACUCUGGCUCUCUCACUUUUUACCUUGUCUCUCUUGCCUUUCUUAUUCUUUACAACAAGCCUUUUACUUGAUGCUCUUUUCAAUGCACAUUUCUCCUGCUUAUUUUUUGAUCCUUGUACCCUCUUAAUCAAAUCUCUGCAUUGUUUUAAAACUGUCUGACUCUCCCCUGCACUGUUUUUGAAGGGUGGUGUUCAUUUACAAAGGGAGAACUUGUAUAUGUUUUUGUACUUUUAUAGACACCUCGGUUGUAGAUCGGCUGAAUGUAUUUAACUCACAGAAAUUGGACGAUUAAAAGAAUAAGAAUAAUGUGUUAUUUAAUGUAAUCUCUGUGCACCAAGGACAUUAUUAGGUAUUAUUACUUUGACCCAAAAAUAAACAUUCAGAUUAUUUGCAAUUAACCAUUAAUUGUCAAUAUUUUAUUUGUCAACUUGGAGUUUGACUUGGAGGUCAACAAUUUCAGAUAAAGCAUGCAUAAACCAUGUUUUAGUUUGUCAUCAUUGA